CCUCCAAGCUUCAACGGUGGUGCAGAAGAAGAAAAAGGAAACAUCAGGUAUACACAUAACACGGUCUCUACCCCCAUCAACACAAACACGCAUACACACAGUACACAUCCACGUACAGCACAAAAAAAAAAAAAAAAAGAGUCAUGGACCCCUCAUCGCCGGCAAAGAGACGCGCCCUCGCGCCCCUGGACGCGAACGUGAACGCGAUAUCGUCGCCCACGAAGCUGCACAAACACUCCAAGCUGGGCGCGGCGCCUCAAUCACCGCGUAAGAGCAGCAGCCCAGUCAAGUCUCUCAAUCUCAAGAGGUCCUUUGCCGCCGCUACCGUCGACAUCUUUGACGAGAACGCACUCGUUCCUAAGAAGAAGCAGUGCCAGGAGCCCGCCUCUGCUCUUGCUGCUUCUUCUGAUGCUGCUACUACUACUACUAAUACUAUUGCUGCGCCCGUAGCUGUAGCUGCACCUGCGCGAGAAGUUGCAUUGGCACCUGAAGCUACUUCACCAAUUACUGCCAUUCCAUCUACAUCCGUGGCCGCACCGACUCCCGCGCCGGCGCCCGCACAGACGGAGAUGGAGAUGGACGUUGAUCCCGAUGCCACGGAGACUCAGAGCGAACAAUCAGAAGAGCAGAACCAGCACAGCGAACAACCACAACAACCAGAACUCGAGGUGGUGCAGGGCGAGCACGAACUGCCAGAACAGCAGCGGGAAGAGUCGCAGCACGAGACACCGCGAACCCGCUCCGCGUCCCCUGCCGACACGUCGGCCGUGUUCGACACUUCGGCCAUGGACACGUCCCAAAACACCACCAUCCUCACCGAGCCCGACGCAGAGCAGCAGGCUAGGACCGUACCGCCGCCGAGGCCGAGAAGGUUAUUGACCCGCGAGGAGGCGCGUCAGAAAGCUCGGAUCCUUCGACUGAAACUCGGACUCGCGAAUUACAAGCUCCAGACGGGGCAGGAGAACGUACCGCUUGAUAAGUUGGAGGUGAAGCCGCGACCGGGGCAGCAGCAACAGGAGACGAAGGUGCAAGCGCAGACGCAGACAACGGAGACGGCCCUGCCGAGGGUCAUGGUGCAGCCGCCGUCAAGCCGCGAUGGUCCUCCCGAGAAGGAGAGAACCGAGGAGGAGGUCGUCGAGGAGACUGAGACGGACGAACCCGAGCAAUCGCAGGAGUCCGCCGAGGCCGAAGCGGCGACGACCCAGGCACAGGCACAGGUACAGGUAGAGAAGGAACCUCGAAGCGUGGCCGGCGUGCUGCCGCGUCUGGACAUGGAUAACCUCAAAGCUGGCAACGACGAAGACGAACCGACGAGUGCUGUUUCGGGUGGUAUCGUGAGCAGUCUGCUCAGUUUGGCGAGGGGUUCGUCAUCCUCCGUUUCUACUUCGUCAUGACGCGCCGUUGGGGGUUGGAUGGAUAUAUCUUGGGUUUUUUUUGGGGGUUGGUGAAAAAAGGCGUUUUAUUUUGGGGAAACUUGCAUUGCAUCGUUUCGGUUCGACUCAUCG